AAUGACUUCAAUUAUUUCCUCCCAUCAUACUUUUUUGCCAAUUAUGUUUUCUACAUGGGAUACAAAAUGAUAAUUUCAUGGAUAAGAUUUGUGCAAAAUGAAAAGUAAUACGAAGUACGCGGUACUUGGUAUAAACUACACAAAAUUGUUUUAUUCUAGAAAUCAAAAUUGUUGUUUCGACAGUCAAAAUAUGAAAAUUAGAAACUGUUUUAAAUAUGAGUAAAUGUGUUUGUCAAUUUCAAGUUUUGGAAUAAUCACACUUUACCCGCAUGUAAGUAUUUGCCAAGUUUAGCAAGCAUGUUUUUAUUUGGAGUGAUUUUUUUUGAGAUGAUUUGAUCUGAUCUGAUCUAAUAUAUGUCUAGUCUUUAUGUAAUUACAACGAUCGAGGUCUGACGUGGUAUGUUUAAAUGGUGUCUGAUCUGAUAUGGUUUGGUAAACAUACAUCAAACUCCUGUUUUGAAAUUUGAAAACAUUUUUAUUCUUACUCACUGAGUUUUACAUGAUCAAUUACUAUACACAAAUUGUGCUUUGUAGAGGCCGAGAGUCUUUGCGUGAUCAACCACAUCUAGAAGCUUUAGUUUGGUGGCAAUAACACACAAAUCUCGUAGUAUUAAUAUCUCUGGUUUUUAUCGAUUGAUGAGUAGCUGAAUUGCUGAAGUUAUUAUUUUAUUUAUACAAUAAUAACAAUAAAGACUGGCCUGGUGGAAGCAAAAUAAAUUAAAAACCGACUUUAGCAAAGUCUAAAAGUAUGAAAAGGGGAGAGAUGAAUGGCGAAGAAGGAGAUGGAGAAGAAACCCAGAAGAGGGUUUAUGAUUCCUCAGUGGAUCACAGAGGUGAAGUUCCUCUCAGAGCUUCAACUGGUGUCUGGAAAGCUUCCUUCUUCAUCAUAAUAAUCGAGUUUGCAGAACGACUUAGCUUCUUUGGCAUAGCAACGAACCUCAUAACUUACCUAACCAAAGUAAUGCACAAUGACCUGAAAACAGCUGCUAAGAAUUCAAAUUACUGGACGGGCGUCACUACCAUAAUGCCAUUGGUGGGAGGUUUCCUUGCUGAUUCCUAUACCGGCCGCUUCUCCAUGAUCGUAUUUUCUUCUUUCUUGUACCUUAUGGGACUGUGUCUUCUCACAAUGUCACAAUUCAUCCCCAAGCUCAAGGCAUGUGAUGUGCCACACUGCGGAGGCGGCGUGCCACCAAGAAGAGUUCACCAGGUUGUGUUCUACCUCGCAAUCUAUCUAAUAUCUCUAGCGACCGGAGGGUUCAAACCAUGCCUAGAAAGCUUUGGAGCCGACCAGUUCGAUGAUGACCACCCGAAAGAAAGGAAACAAAAGAUGUCAUUUUUUAACUGGUGGAAUGUGUCACUUUGUUGUGGGCUGUUGCUUGGAGUGACACUAAUAUCUUAUGUUGAGGACUAUGUUAGUUGGGGAGCUGCUGCAAUGAUUCUUACUGCCACUAUGGGGAUAUCAACACUGGUGUUUUACUUGGGCAGGCCAUUUUUCAGAUAUAGAGUUUCAGUUGGCAGUCCUUUAGUACCUUUGUUUCAGGUCAUAGUUGCGGCUAUUGCAAAGAGGAAAUUGGUUCAUCCUUUGACCCCCCAACUGCUGUAUGAAAUUGAGAAAUCAAAGAAUCCCAAAGUCAGGCUGCUCUCUCACACAAAUAGCCUCAGGUUUCUUGACAAAGCUGCAAUAGUAGAAGCCUGUAACGACCCAAAAGAUGUAGAAGCUAGGAAAAAGAAUCCAUGGAGACUGGCAACAGUCACACAGGUUGAAGAAACCAAACUCGUACUCAACAUGAUUCCCAUUUGGUUGUCUUCCCUAAUGUUGGGAGUCUGCAUGUCUUUUGGCUCAACCUUCUUCGUCAAGCAAAGCACCGCAAUGAAUCGACACAUAGGUCACUUAGAGAUCCCCCCAGCAAGCAUUUAUGCCUUAUCAGCCGUAGGUUUGUUAUUAUCGGUCAUCGCAUACGAGAAGGUCCUAGUACCCAUACUAAGAAAGAAAACAGGGAAUGAAAGAGGAAUUACCAUUCUCCAAAGGGUAGGGAUCGGUUUGGUUCUUAACAUCGUGGGCAUGGGGAUAGCCUCCUUGGUUGAGUCCAUAAGGAUAAGAAGUCUUCGAACACAUUCCUCAAUGAGUGUCUUCUGGUUAACACCUCAGUACGUGAUUCUUUCAAUAGGUGACGGUUUUAGCCUUGUCGGUUUACAAGAGUUUUUCUACCACCAGGUUCCUGAUUCUAUGAGGAGUAUGGGCCUAGCAUUUUACCUUAGUGUGCUUGGAGUUGGGAGCUUCUUGAGCAGCUUUUUGAUAGCAGUCGUUGAUCGUGUGACGGAGAGGGGAGGUGGUAGUUGGUUUGGAAGAGAUAUGAACCAUAGCCGAAUAGACAAAUUCUAUUGGCUAAUCACAGCAAUGACUACAUUGGAUAUGUGCUUGUAUAUGUUUUUUGCUAAGAGAUAUACAUACAAGAAUGUCCAUGGAAGUGUGGAGGGAGGGGGUGGUAAGCAAGACCAUAAAAUGACAGAAUUUGUUGCAUGAAAUCACUCUUCAACUUUCUCUGCUUGUGUUGUAUUGUAAUACUAACUCCGUACCAAUUUGAAUUGAAAAAUUUCCAUUUUUGGUUGUCCCAAAAUGGUUUUCCACUUUCUAUUUUAGGUAUGUAAAUAACAAUAAAGUGACAAAUUUACCCUUACUUUUACUUUUUCUCCAUUAAUUUAAAGGCAUCUACUUUUAGAAAGAUGGGCAAAAGUGUAAAAUGCAAGCAUCAUUUAUUGUCAUUUCUUA